CCAAGUGGUUUUCUCUCUCUCUAUCUCCGCAGUUCCCGGUUUCCAUUCGCUUCUUGUCUCUCGGUUUACGAGGAGGGGGCGGGAGGAGAGAGAUAGAUUGAUAGAGAGACGCAGGAAAGCUGAACGCAGCGAGCCAACCGAGAAACAGAAAACCAAAAUACCGAAGCCAUAAGCGCCAAUUAAACCCCAUAACAAUGGCCGCCUGCUGAAACUCCGUCGCCGACCUCCGACUCCGACGCGAUAACGCUCCCCCCCUACUCGCCCUAAACAUCGAAGAUUCGCCCUCCCGCACAUUGGGCGCACCCCUCACCUAUCGGGAUUUCAUUGCAUCACCUUCCUUCCCUCCCUGCUUAUUUGGUACGUUGUCUCUUGAUCUUUAACUGCGUAUCAGACGCUGAGAUCCUCAAAGGCUCGUCCUUGAAUGGUUGAAACACAUUUCCUUGUACUGUGAGCAUUCAGGUCAUCUAUUGAGAUGGAGCAGCGUACAGAAGCUUCCCCUAUUGUGAAAACCGAGGCAGAUGAAGACACUACUCCAAGCUUCAAAGAUUAUGUCCAGCAAGCCAUUCAAAGGAUCAUUGACAUUUCUUCUUCCUCAGAGGAGGAUGACUCCGAUGAGCCUCUUGAAGAUGUGGAUAGCCAAGCUAAGGAGAAUAGUGCAAACAAGCAGCUAGUGCUUUAUGAUCCUGUUGCUAGCAGUAACAAUAGCGAGCUUGACACUAAUCCCGAACCAAUCCAGAGCAGAGCCCCAAUGCUUACUAGAUAUACCCCUCGAGUUAUGCCUAAAGUUUUGCCAUCUGUAGGUGCUUUCACAGUUCAAUGUGCCAAGUGUUUCAAGUGGAGGCUCAUCCCAACAAAGCAGAAGUACGAAGAAAUACGUGAACAUAUACUGGAAAGACCAUUUUAUUGUGAAUCAGUUCAAGAAUGGAGACCUAAUGUGUCAUGUGAUGACCCUGAGGACAUUUCUCAAGAUACCGGCAGACUCUGGGCAAUCGACAAACCAAAUAUUGCCCAGCCACCUCCAGGAUGGCAACGCUUACUACAUAUCAGGGGUGAAGGCAGUACCAAGUUUGCUGAUGUGUACUAUAUGGCACCCUCUGGAAAGAAACUCCGCUCUAUCGUUGAGGUUCAUAAGUACUUGGCUGAUCACCCGGAAUUUGCAGAAGGUUUAUCCAUGUCGCAAUUUUCAUUCCAAACUCCAAAACCAUUGCAAGAAAACUAUGUCAGGAAGCGACCUCGUUUACCACCUCAAACUGAUAAUCCCAGACUUCUACAACCAGCGGAAGCGACUCCUCUGUCAAUGGUUCCUCCAGAGAACUAUGUAGAUCUGCAGCUUGGCAUGCCGCCGCUCUUGCCUCCACAAUUGUUGCCUCCACAAUUGUUGCCUCAGGAACCUGCUUCUGAUUGUGGCGGUCAACAGGCAAAGAAGCCAAGAACUUCCUGGAAAGACAUGUACUGUGAUGAAAGUUCAGUUUAUAACAACCAAUGUCAACCGACAGUAGGAGAGCCGAGUCAAUCUAUAAAUGAUGGUUUGAGUCUUUGAAAUCUCUUCUCCUUGAAAAUUAUUGCAUUCCUUGGUUGCAAUAUUUUUUGGUCACAGGCUUUAUCUUUUGCUUACCGGAAGUAAAGAACAUAUCGGAACCCCGGAGGAACGGGGAGUAGCCUGUGAAGCAUCGAUUGUGCUGUGUAGUGUUGUAGAAAUAUAGUUUGUAUUCUCUUUCGCAUCUUUAUCGUCCUCUCUCAAAACUGUCUUACUCUACAAGCCUGCAACUUCAUAGCAUUUCUAUAUGUUCAGUUGCUGUUAAAAGAGAUGACACUAUUUUGCCCUUAGCAAGCAUGGCGGUUGGUUACAGAUCACAUAUAACAAUUGAGGAGAGUGAGGGAUCUGAAGCCCCAGUGAUGACGGCUCCAUUUCUUUUGACAACAAGCAGGUAAUCCAAAGCUGUCUUGGAAAUGGUUUCGCCGGGUAUCAAAACCGGGAUCCCUGGUGGAUAUGGACAUAUAAGCUCUCCACAGACCUUGCCAAGGCUUUCUCCAAUGCCCACUCUUUGCUUAUUUGCGAAAAAUGCAUCUCUUGGGUUCAUGCUCAUAUUCACUUCUGUAAAAAUGCCACAAGCAGCCCUCUCUGGUUUAGCAAGAAUCCGCGAAGAAUGUGCAGCCGAUAAUGCCUCCAAUCCUGAAACUAACCUCUGUACAUCCACCAUUUGAGUGCCUAGGUUGAUGGCCAAUGUUAAGGAUGAAGUCCCUACAAGUUCAGCGACAAUCCCGUGAUUCCUGUCCAAGUAAUCAUCUGCCUCAAAGCCGGAUAAUCCAAGCUGCCAGAAACCAACAGUAAGGCGCAAAGGAUCGAUGUCCCGAAAAUUCACAAAGCUUGAUGAGUCAAGCAUUGUGAUCCCUGGAAUCCGUUUUAUCAACCUCUUGGCUUCACCGGCCAGAAACAAUGCACUGUUAAAGACGGUCAGAGGGUUUUCACCAAUUUGUGCUGUGGCAGCAUCUAAAGAUGCUAGGAGCAAGUAACUGGGACUUGAGCUUUCUAGCGUUUGGAGGCAUUGGCUAACUCGGUCUCUGUCAACCAGGUCUCCAGACACAUGUAACAUUGAUGAUUGUGUUAGAGAGCAUAAAACCUUGUGGGUAGACUGCACAGCCAGAUCCGCACCCUGCUGAAGAGCCGAACUCGGCAUUUCAGGGUGGAAACCUAAGUGUGCUCCAUGAGCCUCGUCGACGAUAAGAGGAACCCCGAAGGAAUGGCAGACCCUGGAAAUUGCAGUCAAGUUGCUGCAUAUGCCAUGGUAAGUUGGGGAAGUGAUGAAAACUGCACCUGGUUUUUGGCCUGUCACUACCAACUCUUCAAUAGUCUUCUCCACCUAAAUGUAGUACAGGCAUUCCUGUGAGAAAUGGCUCUAUACUGCUCCCACCCUAUCUAAAACUCAUUCUCUCCCCUUGGCAACUUAAAACUUCAACCUCAUAGACAAAUCAAGCAGAAGCACUGACCUGGUCUGGGGUGACUCCACCUGGGAUAUCCCAGGUGGAAUCAUAUUCAGGAACAAUGUACUUGGGCACCGCUCCAGACAAUACCAUAGCAGAUGUCGCUGACAUAUGCGAAUUACGUGGUAGGAUAACAUACUGUCCAGGGGAACAGGUCGCCAUGAUUGCUGCUUGAACUCCACACGUUGUACCUCCAACAAGGAACCAUGUCGCGGAUGCGCCAAACACUUUGGCAGCCUGCUGUUGUGCCUCUAAAAUGGGGCCACUCGGAGCAAAUAGACUGUCCAGCUCCGGGAGCUCAGGUAAAUCAUGAGCAAAUGGUUGCGAACCAAUCAGCCGAGUCAACGAACUCGGAGCCCCACGGCCGCUGUUGUGCCCUGGGAAGUGGAACCUGGCUACAUUCUGCUCUGCUGAAGCUUUCAGAGCAGUCACCAAGGGAGUAGUAACAGACGCAAAUUUUUCAGCUUUAACCAGAGUACCAUUUCCGGAAACUGGCAGCAACUCUUUUUUGGCAGCGUCUUGAUUCUUUUCUUGGGCCAAAUUACUCCUUCCCUGGGAAGCAGAAACUGCCGUGCAGCUGCCCAUUCUCUGGAUUGGAAACCUGAAACUCCAUUUGUAGCCGAAAUCCACCUGAUGACU